AUGUCAGCUGCUGUUGGUCCGACCUGCAAUGACAUAAGCCUUCCAAAGGAACAGGAACAAGAACACAACAUACAACAUGUCUCUUCCCUGAAAAAGGGCCAACACACUUCUCCGUCCAAGAAAGCUGUUUUCUUGAGCUUCAACCACCUAAUUGCCGUCGCUGUUAUCACCGUCCUCUCCGCAACUGGCAUGGUAAGUCCUGAAGACUUCGCUUUCGUUGUGUUCUCCUUCAUCUACAUGUACUUCCUUUCCAAAGUUGCAUUCCCCUGUGUCAACCCAUCAAAGGAAUCGUUAGUUUUUGAUCCAAAAAACAAAACUUUACGACUCUACGUGUUUGUUGCUGCUAUAAUUGGCCUGUAUCUCCCCAUAGCUUAUAUCGUUGAAGGAAUCUUUGAGGGUGAUACAGAGGGGAUCAAAGCAGCCGCACCACAUGUCUUCCUCUUAGCGAGUCAAGUCUUCAUGGAAGGAGUGGCAUUUUCUGGCAGCUUUGCAUUACCUAUAAGGGUCUUCGUGCCGGUGUUCUAUAAUUCCAGGAGAAUUUUUACAAUUGUAGACUGGCUGAGGAAUGAGAUCUCCAAGGUUGAACACGACUAUGGAGGAUCUCCACGGAGGCUGCUUAUUGGGAGAGCUCUUGCUGUGGCUAACAUGGCCUUUUGGUGCUUCAAUCUUUUUGGCUUCUUGUUACCAGUUUUUCUUCCAAAAGCCUUCAAGAAGUAUUACUCUGAGCAUAAGAUUAAAGACUAG